UUUUUAAUUCCUCAAAGCUUUUCAGACAGGGCUCUAUAGUGGUUUCUCCCUCAAAUCGCACGCGAUCCUUUUUAUUAUAUCAUUUUUAUGCUUUUCAACACAACUUCAUGAUUUCCUAGUUUCUAUCAUAUGUAUGUUUUUAUCGCGCUAUGUCUGCCAACGUGGAAGCUGUCAAAAGAUCGCCCGCAUGUUUUGUCAUUAUCUAUCAAAAACAUUGGAGAUUUCUGAACUGAUUUCAGCCUGAUGUGUCCUGCAUUAACAAAGGCUGGCGUGUUUUUGUAGAGAAGAGACGAGAUAGGAAUUAGUGCCAUAUGUAUAAGUGCAGAUGCUUGGCGAUUUCACUCUGGAUAUCUUUCGUUUUAAAGAUCAAUGGUCUAAAAAUAAGUGACAGCUGCUGUAUUAUAAGCUGUUAAUAUCUCAAAGAGCUAUGAUGUAUUGGUUUUAUAGCUUUUAUAUUUAUUUAAGAGAGCGACGAUCUUAGAAAGAAUUUUUCUGCAACCGUCUCGCUGUUGCAGCAUGGUGAUUAUUUAUUAGAAAGUGCAAUGAUUUAGGAAUAUCUAGGAUUGAUUUAGGACUUAUGAUGGACAUAAUGAUUUAGAUUUUUUCCACAUAGGAAUCAUAUUGAAAAUUGUCUGGAAUUGAAUAAAUACAAUGGAUUAACAGCGCAUCGUCUAUGAUCUGUUAAUUACUAUGCUUCGAUUGUGCAACUUUAGAAUUGAGGUUGUUGAUGCAGAAAUCACAGAUCUGGGAGUUUGAAGGGAUAUAAUGAGCUAACAGCACAUCUCUUGUAAUUGAAUCUAUGAAGUUUUUGAUAAUUAACAAAUCACUUGGCGUUAUUUAUUGGAAAAUUUAAGAGAAAUUUGAGAACGUACUUUUGCGUGGAUCUAUAGUGGCUGCUUUAAUGGACACGUAAUAGUUUGUAAUAAUGUCAUGAUGACAUAAUUAAAGGAGAAUCUACGCAGCAAAUCAAAUUUGCCAUCAGUCAUUAAAGAGACGGACAUAUAGAUUAUGAAUGAAGAAUUAAAUUCAGAUAUAUUUCUAAAUAAUAUAAUUGGGACGAAAUGCGACAAUAGUAAUCAAGUCAAAAUUGAAAAAAGAAAAUUAUCUACAAAAAACUACGAGUAAUACGAUGGUUUAAGUAUCUAUUUUUUUAAAGCAUUUUUUAGACUUCUUAUGUCAAUCAGUCGCUAGUGGAUAAUGCUGCUUUUCCUGAUAUUACCUCUAGUUAAUUACAUUUGGAAUUUUAAAAAGCCGUUGCUCGUGGCAGGUGACGAUAAUAUCGCGAAAUCGAUAAAUCGCGAUGUGGUUCUCAGUCACUGCUUAUCCCACUAACACCCUGCACCCGACAUUGCAAAUCUUGCACGUUUCAUCCGAUUUGUGUGUACCGCCUUUUCUGGAUGGUCGCAGGUGUCGGCUCCUCGGAUGCAGUUGCGGUGGAAGGCACUUUAUCGUCAACCCUUACAACAAAGAGCCAAUUAAGACUAAGGAUGAGAAAAGAAAAUCAUGUAGGAAAAGGCAACACAAGCCAUCGAGCCCUGGUAUCCACCGUGAUCCUAUUGGACGACUUGGAUGUGCUUUCAGCAGUCAAUUGCAUUUAACAUCAGCAGGCUCUACAUUAGCUUCUCUAAAUCACAGGAUUCACUUACGAGCGGCCGAGAACUUUGGUUACAAUAGACUAGGAUCAGAUAAAUCAACUAGUUUGCCCAGUAUCUUGAGUUUGCAACAGCAAAGACAUUCUCAGCAAAGGGCGAGGGAGAUACAGAGGGAAGUGGACGACCCUUUACCCCUCCUAGAUCAUCACAGACUUCCACCGCCUAUAGACUCCGGUGACAGCAGUGACACAGAAGACGGGAAUUCGAGGUUGGACGACGAUCCUACCAUCUAUCCGAAAAGGUGGAUCUCACCCCCAGCGUCGUUUGGCGAAAACAGUCAUCCUGCGGCAAGAUAUGAUCCUUACGGUCGAAGACUGCCUCUUUUACCAAACGAAGUUCUAAAAUACUAUGGAUCCAGGUUGAAUUCCUUUGAAAGGAAUGAACUGCAGAGCGGUGAAUUCCCGGAAAUUUGGUAUCUGGGUCUGGAUGCAACCAAAAUGGAAGGCGAAGAUGGCGGACCCCACAACAAUGGUUAUGACGAUGAUAAUGGAUCCUACGUAAAGGUACUCCAUGAUCAUUUAUCGUAUAGGUAUGAAAUUCUGGAAGUAAUAGGUAAAGGAUCUUUUGGUCAAGUCAUUCGUGCUCUAGAUCAUAAAACAGAUCAACAAGUAGCUUUAAAGAUAAUUAGGAAUAAGAAAAGGUAUUCACUCAUUUUGUCUCUUCCACUUUUAAAAGGUUUCCUCUUCCAAUUGAUUGCUUCUAAAAAUAAACUUUAUGAAUUAAUUAAAAAGAAUAACUACAGAGGCAUAAGCGCCACCAUGAUACGUAGGUUUGCUUUUGCUCUAGUUCAGUGUUUAAGACUCUUACACAAAGAACACAUCAUACAUUGUGAUCUCAAACCAGAGAAUAUUUUAUUGAAGCAGCGAUGUGCUAAUUCAAUAAAAGUUAUUGAUUUCGGAAGUUCCUGUUAUACACACCAAAGAGUAUAUACGUAUAUACAAUCCAGGUUUUACAGAUCGCCGGAGGUGAUAUUAGGUCUUCCAUAUGGUCCGGCAAUAGACAUGUGGAGCCUGGGUUGCAUUCUAUCGGAACUGCAGACGGGACUGCCGCUGUUUCCUGGUGAAAACGAGGCUGAUCAGCUCGCUUGCAUCAUGGAAGUACUAGGCCCACCCCCACAAGCAGUUCUCGAGCUUGCAUCUAGGCGGAGAUUAUUCUUCGAUUCGAAGGGUAAUCCCCGAUGCAUAACAAACAGUAAGGGUAAAAAGCGCCGACCCGCAUCUCGACCGCUGUCCAUUGCCCUCAACACCGAUGACCAAGAAUUUGUAGACUUUAUUGGAAGGUGUCUGGACUGGAACAGUUCUCUUAGAAUGAAUCCCGAUGAAGCCCUACAGCACUUAUGGCUGUCUUCUUGUUCAUCACAAAGAAUAUCAUCCCACAGCUUUAGAGACUUUGAAUCAGAAAAUCAGAGGAGACAUUCAGAAGAAAAGAAAAUCGCGGACAUUCGAAAGGAAACUGGAAAUUCGAACAAUCGUAAGACACAUAUCUUUUUCGAUGCACCUUUAAUCCAUCAAAUUGCACCAUUCCCUCUCGAAAAUGCAGGCUGCUCCUAUAACAAUUGUAAGACACAUAUCUUUUUCGAUGCACUUUUAAUCUAUCAAAUUGCACCAUUCCCUCUCGAAAAUGCAGACUGUUCCUAUAACAGUCGUAAGACACAUAUCUUUUUCGAUGCACUUAUAAUCCAUCAAAUUGCACCAUUCCCUCUCGAAAAUGCAGACUGUUCCUAUAACAGUCGUAAGACGCAUAUCUUUUUCGAUGCACUUUUAAUCCAUCAAAUUGCACCAUUCCUUCUCGAAAAUGCAGACUGUUCCUAUAACAAUCGUAAGACGCAUAUCUUUUUCGAUGCACCUUUAAUCCAUCAAAUUGCACCAUUCCCUCUCGAAAAUGCAGGCUGUUCCUAUAACAGAAAGACGCAUAUCUUUUUCGAUGCACCAUUCCCUCUCGAAAUGCAGGCUGUUCCUAUAACAAUCGUAAAACACAUAUCUUUUUCGAUGCACCUUUAUCCAUCAAAUUGUACCAUUCCCUCUCGAAAAUACAGGCUGUUUCCAUAACAA